AGAUAAUUUAAAAAAAAAAACUUUUUAGCAAGCAAUAGACCAAAAUUUAAUUUUAUAUACAGUAAAAAAUUUACAAGUUAAUAAUAUCAUCAGAACUAUAGUAUUUUUAUUAAUUCAUAUCCUUAUUAAUUAGUAAUAUAAAAUAUUUAUAUUUAAACAUAUUUUUUAAAAAAAAUUGAUAAAACUUUGUAGAUUUGUUCGUCAUUUUUAUUAGAUUAUUUAAUAUAUUUUAUGUAUAGAUAAUACAUAUUCUAAAAUAUAUAUAUGUGUUUUAGAUGUAAUUUAAAAAUAUAACGUCAAAAAAAAGAUUAGAGAUGAAUUUUAUUUUGAAAAAAAAAUCUAACAAAAAUAUACAUAUUUAUUGAAUUAUUUCAGUGAAACAUAUAUUUAUCUAUUUUUCUAAAUAUUUUCAUUUGACAUUAUCAAUGGUUCAAACUAGUAAUUUAAAAUAUUUGGAAUAAUUUUGUUUUGAGAAACUAUGGAAAAAUACAAAAGUUUUAGAUUACGAAGAUUCUAAAAACAAAAGUAAAUAAAUUUGUUUAUUUUAUUAAUUUAAAUGAGUUAUUUGUUUACUCUAUCUGAAAUCUUUUAUAUCCCAUAUAUUUUUUUCUAUUUAAUAAAUAAAUAUUCUCAAAUAUAUAAUAAAUAAUAAAUAAGAAUAAAAUAGAAAUUUGAAAUUGAGUAUGAGUCUACACGAGUUUCAUGUUUCCAAAAUGAAUAUGAUUAUCCACAAUGAAAAAUAGUUGCAAUGUUAAAAAAAAAAUAAAAAUAAAAACAAAAGAACAUUAUUCAAAAACGCCAAAUUGCCCUUUAUUUGUAACUUACAUCUCUUUAUGUUGGUUUACAAAUUCUAUAUAUUUAAGAGGAAACCAAAAAGAAAAAGAAAAUUAUUUUUUGCUAAAGGAUAUUGUUAGGUGUCGGUUGAUUCGGUGUCGGUAAAAAAAGUGUUGAGGUGAUCACCAUUCUUAUAAAUAAAACUCAACCCUAAAACAAAACAUUACUAUUUUAGGUCUGUUAUCAUCGACUGAUAGUGUUUCUCGAGUAAAGUGGCCAUGAGAAUCAAUUUCGACCACGAAAUCGAUAACAAUCCUCAACCGGAAGAAGCUGGCACGAUCACAGUCACUGCCACGAUCUUUGGCGACGAUGAUGAGUUUGACACGCCAUUCACGACUAGGUCGCACUCCAUACAAGACUUCUUCGGUUGUGAUGAGGACGAAGACUCCGACUGUCAGAUCGUACGGGAGCUGAAGUGUUUCCUCCUGGUGGAAGCCAAUAUCGACGACGACGUUGGUGGUGAUGCGAUGAGGAAACUAGUUGCCUACAUUGACGGUGUAGCUUGUUUCACAAGUAGUAGUGACUAUUCUCUUGGAUGUGCUUUGGCGGUCCAGAUGGAUCUUUUUACUGAUUCUCAGUCACAGAUUGAAGAAGCCAUUCAAGUCUCGUUCGAUGAGACAAGUAAUGACACCCGGUUUAUACCCGCUAGCAAGGGCGUGGUCAAAACCCUAAUAAGGAAAGUAUACAAGAAGAAGAUCGAAAAGGAAGACAUGAACAAGAAGAAGAAGAAGAAGAUUAGCUUGGAAGAGUGCACAAUUUGUUUGGAGGAGUUUAAGAAUGGAGGAAGAGUUGUGCCUUUAGCUUGUGGACAUGAGUUUGACGAGGAGUGUAUCGUGAAGUGGCUUGAGACAAGUCAUGUGUGUCCAUUGUGUCGUUACGAGCUGCCAUGUGAAGAUCAAAUGAAUUAAGUGGUCCAUCGGUUUCACAACUAGUAAGAGAAUGUAGAUUUGGCUUAGGAGGUAGGGGUGGACGCAAGGCGGGUACUUGCUUUUUUACCUAUAUUUGAUACUUGAUUUGCUUUGAACGAGUAAUGGAUUUUUCGACUUGUACUUGACUUGUCGGAAACGAGUACUUGUUAUUUCGAGUACUUGUCCAAAAAUAUGUUACUUGCAUGUUACUUGCCUUGUUCGAUUACUUGCUACUUAAAAAUAUUUAUUAAUUACUUGUAUAUA